AUGUACGACUUCAUAGACAAGCUAACUGAAGAAGAGGGGGAAGGUUUUGGACCCGAGUCUGAACUAUCUCUUGUUUGGGGAAGAAUAGACCACCAAGGAGGAUUCAGUUCCCGGCCUGACAGACACAGAGUCCCGAUCUUCUCGAAUCUUCUCAAACGCAAAACCACUCCAAAGGAGUGCAUUGUGUGUGCUGAGGAGAAGUUUGAGGUCGCCUGUGGUCCAUGGGAAGAAUGGAGACAUGUUCACGCGCGUUUUAGUGGAUCUUGGACAUGGACGGUGCUAGAAUAUCCAAUCCCUCAAAACCAGCGAUGUUCACAUUCCCUCGACGUUUGUCGGAUCUGUGUUGCGAAACACAUUGCCGUCUGCCUCGAUAGCGGUAAUUUUGAGCGUAUUUCUUGCCCGCAGUGUGACCGCAUAUUCACCUAUGACGAGAUCAAAGGUCUGUGCAAUGAAGAGGAUUUUGAGAGAUAUGACAAAAUCAUUCUCCGCACUAUCCUCUCCAAAGACCCGAACUUCCGCUGGUGUCUUUCUCCGGCGUGCGAACGUGGCCAGAUCUACGAAAACAUCGAUCCUACACUCCCAUGCGUGCAGUGCAGUACCUGCGAGUUCAAAAUGUGCUUUCACCAUGCGCUGCCAUGGCAUGUUGGUCUAACAUGCUCUGAGGUCGACAGCGAUCCAAAAUAUGCGGAAACACAAACAUUAAUCCAAGAGAGUACCAAGGCAUGCCCGCAAUGCAGGAUUCGAAUUGAGAAGGGUGCUGGCUGCUUCCACAUGACCUGCUCCUCCUGUCACCAUGAAUUUUGCUGGGAGUGUCUGGUGUCUUGGAAAGCCGUCACGACCAGCAAGAAUAACCAUGCCGAGGGUUGUUACUUUCGGAGCGGCACGUGGUCUCCAACGCAAAUAACUGGCACAAAUCUGAACACAGCAUUACAGGAGUACAACGUCUAA